AUGGCAGGCACUUGUUCGAUGCUCUGUUUGAUCAUCAUCACAUUAUUUAUUCCUCCUCUGGGAGUUUUCCUCAUCUCGGGCUGCGGCGUCGACUUCUGGAUCAACGUCCUCCUCACUAUUCUCGGCUACUUCCCCGGUCACAUUCAUGCCUUCUACCUAGAAUACGUCUACUAUGACCGUCGCAACCGCGAUCCCCUAACGCGCGCCGCCCAACGACCAGUCCCAGGUGUCUACUCUACUCGCAUUCAAAACGGCGGCCACCAUGCGCAUUCCCCUAUGCAUGCCCCUCCCCCUGCCGAGAGGGGCUAUGGUACUAUGUGA